AUGGAGCGCCGUCUUCUGGAUAGGCUUGAUGACGUGGAGAAGGAGCUUCGUCGCUCGCGUGCGCGGUCGGCGUCACCAUCAGCUCCUCGCGCUGCUCCCGUCGUCCCUCUCUCCGUGCUCCUGCCCCACAAUCCCUUUGGAUCCCCGGCGCGUUCAGAGCGGCCGCUGCCUGCAGGGAUAGGCUUCGUAGGUGCUGGUGGCGGGCCGCCGUGGGCUCAGUUUGCUCCGCCGCGUUCUCUUCCUGCUCCGCGUGAUCUCGCCGUGUCGUCUCACUGUGCCCGCGCGUCUGCGUUACUUCCGCCGAUGAAGGAAGUUCCCACGGCGACCCUGGCCCGCCUAUGGUCGCUGGCGGCGUCCCUGCAGAGCCUUGAGCGGAUUCUCCAGGAGUCAUUUGACUCCAUGCCGGAUAUGUGGAAGCGCAACGAGAGGCCCAAGGCAGUGGAGGACGAUGACGAGGGCGGGGAAGGGUCGGGAGAUGAGGGAGGGAGUCCGAGGGGAGAGAGGAGGGGGAGAGGUGGAGGAGGCGAGGGGGAGGAGGAGGAUGCCCUGGCUGCAGCUGGGCUGGUGGAUGAGGAGGAGGAGGGAGGGGAUGCACGGGGGGACGGCAAUGACCAGGGAGCCCCCGCUCGCAAGCGGCGCCGGCAGCUGGCAGAUUCGGAUGAGGAAGAGGCUGGUGGCGGUGCUGAGAGGGAGACACAUGUGGUGGGCAGUGCGCCUGAUGGCGGGGAGGAGGCACCCCCACCCCCCACAGGCGAGGCAGAGGGCAUGCAGGAAGGGUGA